AUGGAUAAGAGAGACAAGACCAAGGCGGGGGCUGCGGCGGCGCGGACACCGGCCUCACGCCCCCCCGGCCUUCCCAUCCCCAAGCCCCCAGGCUCUCCUCGGCCCCCGCCCCCCGUCACGGCAGCGGCUCUCCGGCUGCUGGGGGCUGCUGCUGCCAGGCGAAGGCCGCUAGCGGAGCCGGCAGGGGGCAGGGGCUCCCCGGCACCUCCAGAGGCGGCUGCUGCGGCUUCCGGAGCGGGAGCCAGGCGGAGUGCAGGGGCAGGUCCCCGGAGCCCAGCCUCCAGGCCCCCAGCAGUGGGGAGAGGGGAACGGCCCCCUGCCAGGACCCCCGGCCAGGGUUCCACUUCUAGCCCAGGGCGUACCGUCGGGGCCACCAGGCCCGGCCCUCUGGGCCAGAAGGGCUUGCGCCCCCCGACCGAGGAACUGGUAGCCAGAAGGAAACCUGCGGAACCCCCCAAAAAGAACAGUCUGAACUCGGGGCCUCGGAGAGACCCCGCAGGGCCCACCCCGGCCGCCCCCUCCCCGGCCACAGCCCGACGGGUCCGGCCUGCAGGGGCCGAGAUGGGGCUCCCCAGGCCAGCGCCCAGCACCCGGCCGCAGCCCGCCACGGAGGUCCCCAAGAAAGCAGUGGGCAGCGCCUCGGAGCCCAGCCCAGCAGCCAGGAGGCGACCGGUGGGCAGCGGGGGGCUGCAGAGGCCGGCCUCCCGCCCCCUGGGCUCUGCGGCCACCCCUCCGGCGCACUCAGCCCGCGGGGCUGCACGGGCGCCCACGCAGCAGCCCCCCAAGUGCAAAGGGCCCCAGGCUCCGCGCCUCCCGCAGGCCACAGCCCAUGCCCUCCCUCCCUCCCCGCCGGCCACGCCCCCUCCACCUGCCGGGCUGCACCUGCAGGCUCCGCCCACCACACCCACCCUCACCUGUGCAUCUGCUCCACUCGCCCUGCAGACCCUCCCCUCCCCGCCGGACACGCCCCCGUCUCCAGCUGCGCCCCCACAGCUGGGGACAGCCCUGGCCCAGGCCACCCACACCUCUCCAGCUCCCUGCUCGUCAGGGGCUACGCCCCUCGUGGAGGCCACACCCCCUCCAACCACGCCCCUUGCCGAGGCCUCACUCUCCCUGACCCCACCCCUUGUAGAGACCACACCCUAUGUGGCCACGCCUCUCGUGGAAGUCACACCUCCUCUGACCACGCCCGUUGCGCAGGCCUCAUCCUCACUAACCACGCCUCUCGUGGAGGACACACCCGCUGUGAAGGCCACACCCUCUGGAGAUGCCACACCUCAUCAGGCCACAUCCAUCAUGCAGGCUCCACCUCCUCUAACCACACCCCACACAGAGGGCACACCUCUGACCCCGCCCACCACGCAGACCCCACCUCUGAUCACACCCAACACAGAGGCCACACCCCUGAUCACGCCCACCACCCAGGCCCCAUCUGCUCUGACCACGCCCCCAGCACCCCCACCUGAGGUCCCCUCUGCCCUGGUCACUGUGGCUCCGCAGGACACGCCCACCACCAUAGCCACGCCCCCUCCGACUGGACCUUUCCUGGACCCGCACCGGACCACGCCCAUCUUCCAGGCCCCACCUUCACCUCUGGCCCCGCCCUUCUCCCUGGCCCCACCCCUCUCCCAAGCCCCACCUUCACCUCUGGCCAUGUCCUUCACUGAGGCCCCGCCCUCCCCGACCCCGCCCCUCAUCGAGGCCCCGCCCCGCCCGCCCACCCCGGGCCCCGACCCCCCGGCUUCGAGGCUCACCCCGGCCCCGGGCCCCGACCCCCCGGCCUCGCGGCUCACCCUGGCCCCGGGCCCCGCGCCGCCCGCGCCUCCCUCGCGCAGCCCGUCCAGCACGCUGAGCGGCCCCGACCUGGCCGGCCACAGCAGCAGCGCCACGAGCACGCCCGAGGAGCUGCGCGGCUACGACAGCGGGCCCGAGGGGGCCGCGGCCUCCCCGCCCGCCGACGCCGAGCUCGCCGCCUGCCACCCGGCCGCCUGGAGCCGCGGGCCGCCGCGGGGCGCGCCAGGAGCGUCGCUGUCGUGGCCUCCGGUGGCCGGUCCGGGCUCCUCCGACGGGCUGUGCACCAUCUACGAGGCCGACGGGCCCGAGGCCGCGACCCCCGGCCCUGGCGCCCCGGAUGAGGGCCCGGCGCCCAGCGUGGAGGACGGCAAGGCGGCGUCCGGGGCCGAGGGCCAGCCGGGGUCCCCUGCGCCGCGCAGCCCCAAGGCCACGGCGCGCCUGGGCGAGCUGCAGCUCGGGGCGCUGCAGGCCAGCCUGGUGCAGCAGCUGCUGAGCCGCACGCUGCUGCUGGCCGCGGCCGAGGGCGGCGCGGCUCCCGGCGCAGGAGCUGCACGGACUGCGCUCAGCGACGCCGAGCUGGGCCGCUGGGCAGAACUGCUGUCCCCGCUGGACGAGUCCCGGGCGAGCAUCACCUCGGUCACCAGCUUCUCUCCGGACGACGUGGCCUCGCCGCAAGGGGACUGGACUGUGGUGGAGGUGGAGACCUUCCACUGA